CAGAAGCAUGUCGAGGCCACAGCCCACAGGUCCACUGUCCACACAACACUCGCAUACACACACAUGACACUAGCCCGUUCCAUCGAGCAAAGCUGCCAAGGAGUCCAGGGAUCUUCUAAACACAGGAGCAAUUGAUCGGCCGGCAGGGCUGCCACACGGCGCUGCGGAGCAUGCUGGACCUAGUGCCGACGGUCUUCGAUCAGCACGGCUGCCUCAUCGUGUCGGUGUCAUCUUUCCUGAUCAUGGUGCUCAUCCAGCUCCAGCCUCUGCUCGACAAUGUCAGCUCGGCGAGCAGGAGCAUACGCUCGGCGUCGCUGGCGGUCGUGCGUCUUCUGGCCCGCGACGACAGCGUCGUUGUCUUGGACGACGACAGCGGCGGCGUGGCACCCCCACGGCAGCAGCAUCGGCAUUGCGAGCGGUGCGCUCAGAGGGGCGCGUCGCGCUCCGACGUCGUGGCGGUCAUGGAUAGCCUCCGCCUGGUGUCCGGUGACGACGAUGCAAAGGCGUGCGGCGGGUGCGCGGCGAUGUGGGCGGCGGUGGACGACCUGCUGGAGGGCAAGGUCGCGAGCGAGGCGGAGCUGAGGGAGGCGUUCUACGUGUUCGACCGCGACGAGGACGGCUUCGUGGGCGCCGGGGAGCUCUGGAACGUGAUGCGGCGGCUCGGGAUGGCCGAGGGCGCGGCGCAGGAGGACUGCCGGAGGAUGAUCGCGGCGCACGACGCCGACGGCGACGGCAGGAUCAGCUUCCGCGAGUUCAGGGCCAUGAUGGAGAACGCGGUUUAGUUAGCUUAUAAUUCCUUGCGUGUUCCAACUUCUUCGCUACUACUUUUUUCCUGGAGACGGUCAGACAGAGUGGCAUGCAUGGAUCAUACAUGCUUUGUCCGUAACUAGUAGCCGUGUUAAGAGUUAGCGUGAAUCGUGUUGUGUUUGUAAUCUGUAAAUGCUAGCCGCAGUUUGGACUCGAGCCAACAAAACAAAAUGCAACUACUUUUGAAUAAAAAAAUAUAUGUGGAAUUG